AUGACCGACUCGUCUGCGGGUGUGCCGGGUGUGCUUGUUCUGAAUACAUUACAAGACAAUGACCGGGUGGGAGAGAGGAAGCGUUUCCUUUUGCAGGGAGGUCAUGUCGAUAUCUGCGAAGAGCUUGGCCCUGGCUCGUCCUCAGACGACUCGCCGCUGGAGGGAGCCGAUGUUGCGAAUUUGUCCUAUUCUGUGUACAGCAACACCCUAUGGGACGGCUCGCUGCUUCUCGCCUCGUUUCUGCGGUCCCAGCCGUGGCGUGUGCGGGGUCAGCGUGUUCUGGAGAUUGGCGCUGGAUUGGGCUUGCCCUCCAUCGUCGCUGCUGCCAUCGGCGGCCACGUUAUCGCGACGGAACAGUCACCAGUUGACUUGCUUCGUCGAGAGGUCUGUCGGAACAAAGAAGUUAUUGCGGCAGGAGGUGGUUCCAUCGAUGUUCAAGAGUUGGACUGGGCUGAGAGUCCAGAACACAUCAGCCAGCGUCUGGGCUCCUUUGACGUGGUGCUGGGGUGUGACAUUCUGGCUGGUGUCAAGCCGGGCACUGCGCAUUUCCGCCAAAUUCUGGACGUUGUUCAGAGCGUUGGCACA